UGUGUUCAGCCUGCGAUGUGGCGGUUGCGGUUUCUCGCCGCAGGCAGAGGCUCCUCCAAGGGCAAUCCUGUGGUGACCAGGUGUGUAGAAGUUUCUAGCCUUGGUCCCACUCUGCCAGUCUCUGAAAGGGCUUAUCAGAGAAGGAAUGGCUGUCAGGCACCUGCCACCCAUGGUCCAGGAAUCAGUGACCUUCAAGGACGUGAUCGUGCUCUUCACCCGGGACGAGUGGGCACAGCUGAGCCCUACUCAGAGGGCCCUUUACAGGGAUGUGAUGCUGGAGAACUACAGCAACCUGGUCUCACUGGGACUCUUAGGACCCCAGUCAGAUGUGUUUUCCCAACUGGGAAAAGGAGAAGAAUGGAUGCUGGAGGACACGUCGGGAAGCUUCUGGCUUGACACCCUCCUGAUGUCAGUUUGAAGAGUUUUAUCAUGACUGGAUACGGCAUUUUUCACGAAUGCUUUUCCAAAUCCUGAAGAUGCUGCUAUGUUUAUCAGUUACAUUGAUUGGUUUUAAAAUGUCAAAUCAA